UGUAUAAAGGUUGUUGAAUGCUGCAGAAAUCUCACGUGUCGUUCCCGAAGCCCCGACCCUCCCUCUCAACACAGAGGGAGAGAAACGCAGACAUAUUCUUUGGGGAACUGAUUCUUCCACUGCUCUGCUACGCUCCCAAAAUUCCGUUUUUUCAAAAGGAACCGGAACUUAGGCGCCAAUGUGUAAGGUGAAAAACAUCUGCGAGAGACCAGCCCCAGUUAACAAGGAUGUUUCCCCAACGGUUCCUCCAUGGCCUGGUCCAGUGACAAACAGUCUUCAUAAGGGGUCAUCAAAUGAUGGAUCACCACAAAAGGGGUACAGCUGUGUUUCUACAGCAACAAGAGAUUUGUGGGAUCGCCUCUUUGAUGAAGGUUAUAAAGCAGAUGUUUCUGUUAAUACUGAUGACGGUGGAAUUAUUUAUGCCCAUGCUAACAUUCUUGGAAUGGCUUCUCCUGUAAUCAAAGCCCAGUUGAAGCAAUCACACCGGUUUCGUCGUCAACGAUCAAUCUCAAUUCGUGGAGUUCCAGUGGAUGCAGUUCGGGUUUUUAUUCGAUUCUUGUAUUCUUCCUGUUACGAGAUGAAGGAAAUGGAGGCUUUUGUUGUGCACUUGUUGGUGCUCGCUCAUGUUUAUGUGGUUCCCCAUUUGAAGCAAGAAUGUGAGAAGAAGCUGGAGCAUGGUUUGCUUACUAUAGAUAAUGUUGUCGACAUCUUUCAACUGGCACUACUGUGUGAUGCCCCUCGGCUUAGCCUCAUUUGUCACCGUAUGAUCCUGAAGAACUUUAAAACUGUUUGUACAACUCGAGGAUGGAAAACAAUGAAGAAGAGUCACCCGACACUAGAAAAAGAACUCGUGGAGUUAAUGAUUGAAGAAGAUACUAGGCAAAAGGAGAGGAUCAAAAAGAUAAAUGAGAGAAAAAUUUAUAUGCUCUUAUACGAGGCAAUGGAGGCUCUUGUGCAUAUAUAUGAAGAUGGUUGUCGAACAAUUGGACCAUCUGAUAAGGACUUUAAAGAGAACCAGGCACCUUGUAAGUAUGUAGCCUGUAAGGGACUGGAAUUGCUCGUUCGCCAUUUUGCUGGCUGCAAGUUGAGAGUCCCAGGCGGUUGCAUCCAUUGCAGGAGAAUGUGGCAGCUGCUGGAGUUACACUCCCGCCUUUGUUCUGGUUCCCAUAACUGCAGGGUUCCUUUGUGCAGGAAUUUUAAGGAGAGAAUACAAAAGCAGAGCAAGAAAGACGAGAUUAUGUGGAAAAUGUUAGUGAAGAAGAUUUUGACAACAAAGAGAAUCGCCGGAGCGCCAUUCGUUUCAUCGGCAUUUGUCAGCACUUUGUGGCAGUGAAGUCGUCGUCUUUGUUCCCGCGCAAUGGAACACCAGAUUUUAGUGUUACAAAUUUGUUGUGCUAUCAAUGUAACCAGUGUUCCGUUGUAAUCUUUAAUCUGUAAUUUAAUAAGACGCGGAGAUGAAAUUCCGGAAUUCCGGUAAACUCACAAAUACCAAAAUUUCAAAUAUGUAUUUUGGUUCUACAAAAUAUGUAAGAUAAUGUUUAGCUCAAGUAUAUAUGUGAAUGCAUUGAACUCCUUGUUCAUA